CGUAUACAAGUAUUAUUUUGUAUAUAGCACGCGGUAAAAUUUGUAGAGAAAUUGUAUUAUUUUUUUUGGAUAUGAACGUUGUAUAUUAAUCAAAAGUAAUUGCAAAAAUGGGUAAAGCGAUACCAGAUCGCUGGCUUAAUUAUCGGCCCAUUGGGGAACGUAUCGCAGGAACGCGGUUCAUUGCAUUCAAAGUGCCGUUGCGUAAGAAUAUUAAUGAGAGUGUGGACGACGAGCAACUUCGUCUGGCGCCACACUCGUUGCUGGAGUCGGUGCCAAAUUUAGGACUGAUCGUUGACCUGACCAACACGAAUCGUUACUACAAUCCACAGACUUUCCUGGACCUGAAUGUGGCGCACCAAAAACUCAUGAUACCUGGCCAUCAGACUCCCACCAAGCAGCUGGCACAAAGAUUCUGCGAGUAUGUGACUGACUUUCUGGAUGCCAACCCGGAUAAUGACAAACUCAUUGGCGUGCAUUGCACACACGGCGUAAAUCGUACCGGUUAUUUGAUCUGCUACUUUAUGAUCACCAAGAUGAACAUGUCGCCCAAGCUGGCUAUACAGACUUUUGCCGAUGCACGUGGCCACAAAAUUGAACGUGAAAACUAUACCGAGUCGCUGCAGCACUUGACGUCUGAACAGGGACCCUGCAAGCCCAGCCACGCUGAGGGCGAACGCCGCUUCAGCCAAUGGCAGGUGCGGGACGAGAGACAAGAGGAAGCGACAGUCAAUUGGCGAGUCCGUCAGCAGGAGCACAACGCUUGGCAGCAGCAGCCGCCGUCGCUGCCGAGCCGUCAAUGGCGGAAUACCAAUACUUAUCAUAGUCAAGAGCAUGGCCCGCAACGUAGGCCGCUGAAACGGAAAAUGCCGUGCUGGCGCCAGGCGGCGCACAGCGAGGAAUCAGCUCCAGAGACUAGACGCUACAAUGACUACCACUCGGAUAAUGCCCGUUAUCAGCAGCAAAACCAUUGGCGGUCAAGGCAGACUGCCGGCCAUUGUCCCAGAGAGGAAUAUAGGCUCGCCUACAACAGCAGCAGCCGAAGCAGCAGCAGUUACAACAAAAGCAACAACAGCAGC